UUUUUUUCAAAUGGAAAUGUGAAAACUGUGACUUCGUUCGAGUGACGGCGACGAGUGCUCAGAAGUUUUAUGGGCAUAUUAAAUGCUAGUGGUGUGUGUUGUAUGCCCUCCAGGCAAAUACUUAGGUGAUUCCAGGACCAGCCUUUUCAAACUGACACGUCAGCUCACGCACUAUUAAAUCGGCGGGGCGAGUCGCUCGGGAGAAUCCUUGCUUCGAGGAUUGUGAGCGCAAUUCCGCGUUUUGUGAGCGGUGCGUGAGCUUUCUGAGGCGCGAGUUGACGCAACAAGUGGUUGAUUCUCGGGGCCAUCAGUCGUCUACUCUCGGGUAGAUCGUCAACUCGAAUGGAGGGGAAUCCCCGCAUCGCUCAAGAUUCCUCCGAGCUCUUGCGCUCGAUCUAAUUGAUCAUGUUUUUGAGAUGAAGUCGCUCAGAGAAAUGAGAGUCACUGGUAGGAACUUCUGGUUCAACUGCUUCCUGUCAUCCGAGCUUUUGAAUGGAUAAUACUUUGGUGAUAUCCCACUGAAACCGGUGUUUAGUGUUUUGUCAGUUGAGGAUCGAAUGAUGACCAUGUUCGGGACACUGGUGCAGAGGCUCACUUCGCCGGUGACGUCUCCGACUAGCUCUAGGAGACGUUUCAAGUCGCCGUCGAGGUGGGAAGUGCAGAGUGAUCCGGAGGACGAUGGUAAUACGACAGUUAGGAAGUCCAGGGCGAAACAUUUGCUCGAUAAGAGGAAGAGCAAGAGCCGGGGGAGGGGACUUAAUGCUGCCGAGUCGAGGCUGUGUCCUACGGCGCCUAUUGCUGGUAGCUGGUGCGAAAAUGGUUUCCCACUGAGAGGGACCAAGAGCCUGGGGAGACUCGAUGGAAUGAAAGAGGUUCAGAGGCUUGCGGAAUACGAGAGAUACUUGGGCCACGAAAGCCGUGAUUUAUCGUCGUCAAGUACAAACAUAACAAGUGGAGUACCGCGUGGACAGUUGGAGGGUGACCUUCACCGUAUCCAGGAUCUUUUUCCCAACGACAACUUGCGCCUACAUGAGAGAGACGUACUCACUACGAAACCGAAGAGUCUGGUGAGAAAGAGGAACGGGACGAAUGCAAACAGAUUGAGUCGAGCUUUAUCCCAAAAAAAUCUUCAGAACAUCGAAGCACAGUCUUCCGUCCCGAAGUCACCGCCCAGAAAAUUUCUGCUUGAAACUCCAGUGCAAUUUACGACAGGGAUGCAAUCGCAAGAUAGACAUCUAUUUCUAUUCUCUGAUCUCCUGCUCGUCGGAAAGUCUCGAAGUGGCGGGACAUUCAAGCUCAAGCAGACGGUUAAAAUGUCUGAGCUUUGGAUAACGGCGGGGCACAUCGAGGAUGUCGCGGAGACAAAUAAAUCCCAGGAAACGAGUUUUGUUCUCGGCUGGCCAACGACAAACGUUGUUGCCACAUUUAUGACGGCAGCGGCUAGAGAUCUCUGGUGGACCAAGCUCACCGAAAUCAUCCGGGGGGAGAGCAUCAAAGAGCCAGCGGAUACCAAUAUACAAGUGGUUUAUCACGACAGUGAUACCAACACCGAAUAUUGCAAAACAAUAAUGGUCAACUCUGAGAUGACGGCGUCAGCCUGCGUGAACCUGGCAACGCGUCUGCUGGACCUCCAAGGAGCCUUCCAACUCUGGGCCCGCACCUCCCUCGACGAGGCGCCCUACCCCCUCAUCGGCCAAGAGCGGCCGUUCGCCAUAAAGCUGUCGAACCUCCGUCACACCCUCUCCACAGAAGAGGGUUUCGACCUCGAGCACUGCAACAAGAGUAACCACGACACCUGUCAAUUCAUCCUCCGACCAGUGCUGAAGUCGCCCCUCAAGAAGAGCAAGUCCAAGAUCUCUGGGCUCCUCCGGAGGUCCCUCUCGCUCAACCCAAACAUCUUCGGCGUGAACCUCUCCCGUCUAGAAGAGAACGGCCUCCCAAAGCCGGUCUUAAUGAUGCUCCAGCAGCUGUUUGCCAAGGGGCCCUUCACCCAGGGCAUCUUCAGGAAGUCCGCCAACGUGAGGAUCGUCCGAGAGCUGCGUGACCAGAUAGAGUCGACAGGGGACUCGAGCUGCCUCGAAGACGCUCCAAUAAUAGCAGUGGCUUCUCUCCUAAAGGACUUCCUUCGAUCUCUUCCAGACCCUCUCCUGACGUCUCACCUGUUCCCCCUGUGGAUGGCAGCCCUGGACACCGCGAACUCAGUGCAGACCAUCAAAAGCAUUCUCGACAGACUCCCCAAGGCCAACUACAACCUUCUCUCCCACCUGAUCUGCGUCCUCCAUCACAUCGCGAGAAGGGCCAAGCACAAUCUCAUGUGCGCCAGCAAUCUCGGCGUCUGCUGUGGCCCCAGUCUCCUAUGGUCCUCGAGCCCAACUGUCAACCAGAGUCGAGCGAUUCCAGCCCUCACUGAGGUCCUCAUUCGAAAUUGCGAAGUGCUGUUUGGCGACGGAGUGACGCAACUCCUCGGGGAGGAGCGGAGCGACAGCGGCGCUGAGGAGAGCACAGACAGCCUUCAUUCGGGAGGGCUCUCCCUGGACAGCCUGGACUUGACAGAGCCACCUAGGAAGGACCACAUGUCCCUCUCCAGGGACUCCGGGCUGACCCUCUCAGACUGCCAGCUGUUCAUCCCCGAGUCGCCGGUGAGCUCUGAAGACCUCGCUGUGAGCGCCUCAACAUCUUUCGAUAAGUCGUCCAACGAGAAGGAGAAGGCGACCAUGAAGUCUUACGUGCGGGUCUACAGCGGUGGUUGGGACGAUCGUCUUCAUGCUUACUCCAGUCCACAGAGUGGCGAUCACUUUGAUGGGGACAAGCAGAACUACUCGACCUCCAAUCCCAAUUUUCAGAGACAAGACUGGCUGAGGGCGCAGCUCAAACGGACGUCGCGAAAUUCGAAGCUCGAGGAGGAGCACAGGAAGGAGGGGAGGUUCGAUGAUAAGGAUGUUUAUGGGAGGGACUACAGACAGGGGAUUUUGAAGGAUAACAUUGAGAGCUGCAAGGAGAUCGUCUUCAGACAGACCAAACACGUCAAGGACAAUGGCGAGAGCGAUUUCACCAAGAAGGAGAUGCUGCUGGAUUUCAAGAAGAGGGCGUCUGAACUUUACAGCACGAGGGGGUCACCAGUAUCUCAGAAUGAGUCGUACAAUUCUAAUGGGGAUCUUUAUGACUUUAAGAAGGUGAAGAACGAGAUUUAUAUCACUCUGAAUAAGGAGGGGAGGGCCGAGCGCUAUGAGCGCGACAACAUCUAUGGGAAUAGGGAGAAUGUUGGUGAGGGCUAUGAGAGGACGGAUAUUUAUAAUUUUAAGCAGGUGGAGACCAGUGACGCGGGGGAGGAUAGUGGGAGGACGUGGAUGCCGGACACGCCACCUCCGUUGCCACCGAGGUUGAAGCAUUUGCCGCCGGUUCAUAUGAGCCUGGAGGACAGGCACAGGAUCGCAGGGAGGUCCAAGUCCUUGCCACCACCACCUCCUUAUAGGCCGCCACCACAACCGAGGGCUCCUAUCACUACUAGGCAUCUGGGGUAUUCCCGGUCUGUUGUCGAUGAUGAGAGCUAUGUUUGAGGGGGUGGCGAGGGACUGUCCUUUGGGAGAGGACGUUCAUUCGUUUCCCCCGGCGGUCACUUUAUGAUUUUAAAAAAUCGAAAGGCCGCGGGAGACCCUCGUCAGGGCUAAAAUCUUUAUUCAGAUGUGAAAGAAUGAGAGAAAGAGAAUGAAAACCGGGGAAAAUGGCACUGGCGCCCCCUGGAUUCCACGGAACCGACGCAUGCGCACUGAUAAAAUAAUCAUUCGCUCAAUGAUCGGAUGGAUCUCGUGAAGAACUUGAUCAUCCUCUCUUACUAAAGAAUAUUUUUAUGAUAGAAAAUCACACUUUUAAUUUUUGUGACGGAGAAUAAGUUGGCGGAUUUUAUUAAAGAUAGUAUAAACGUAAUGUUUGGUGGACACUCCACUCUCAUCUUAUCACAGAUUAUUUUUCUAUUUGCAUUAUAUCAAGUGCGUUUACACCUAGUCUGAAUUACUGUUACUCGUUAUUUUUAGGUGAAAAUGAUCAACCGAAUGCCAGAUUGAUGUUGAUGUUAUUCAUACAGCUGUUGAUUUAUUCCAUGUGAGAUUGAAAUAAUCGGUUUGAUUAUUAUGUAUAUUUUGUUUCGGGUGCUUCCACAAGACUUGAAAUUCUUAUAGGUAUUUUUUAAGGUCAAUUUAGCUGAUAAUUAUUCUGUUGAAAGGAGAUAAAUGCUUCAGCGAAGACCAAACUUAUGAGGAUCGUUGAAUAUAUUUACGGAGAGAGCCAUCCGUGUGAAUGCAAUAGACAUUUUGCAGCUCAAAUUUCGUGUUAAAGAUGAUUUUUUUAUUUUAAUACUUUAGCCGGAACCGCUGAUGUAUGAGAUUCACUACUUUAUGCGUAACAUGACAUUAAUUUUUACCACAUUAUCACGGGGGUUUAUGGAAACAAUAAAUCCCUGUUUCUGAAAGAUAAAGUAAUAGAAAGAUAUUAUUCUUAUGCAAUGUAAAUAUUAUGAUCAUGAUAUUUUUUAUCAUUACUAUUUUUAUUAUGAACGUUUACAUGAAUAAAUGAAUUUAUGAUUA